AUGAUAUGACCAACGAGGAGGGGCAUGGUUGCAAGUUUAUAAACCCUGCACCUAGGGUUUAAACAUUAACGGCCAAUCCGUUUUUUUUUUUUAAAAAAAAGGGGAAGGCAAGCCCAGGGUUUAUCGGGGAAAUUGAAGUAAACGUCCAUAAUCCCUUGUACUUCCUCGAGACCCUUAUCCGUGAAGAUGAAUGCAGAAGAGAGCAAUCCGAUGGUCUCGAUAAUCUCCUCUCUAUCUGACAGCUUCAAGCAAGUCCCUUUGGCAGCUCUCCCAGCAAUGCUUGAUUGCAUUUUAGCAUCAACUGGGCUAUCUCCAUCUGCCCUUUUUGCUUCACUUCUUGAUUCAUUCUCUAAAUUUAUCAAGGAUGUUAGGGAGAAGGACUUGAAGUUGGACUCUAGCAUGUGUAACUACAUCACAUCCAUGGUGGGUUCGCUUUGCCAUCUUCUAAACAAAUUUGGAAAUAAUACUGAUGGUCUGCAGUCAUUUAUCUGGAAAUGUUUUAUUCCAUUGAUGAAGAUGGUUCAUGCUUUUGAGCGUGAAAUGCUUAAUGAGAUUGCAGAGUCAUUCUUUUGUGUCGUUAGCUCAACUCAUUCCUGGGGUGUUUUGGAAGCAAACUUGGUACCAUUUUUUCUAAGAUCAGUUGGUCUUUCUAUCGGCAUGAUUCAAAAUGAAGAAUCAGAUGCCUUUGAAUGGGAUCAUUUCUCCAUUUACCAUGGUUUAAGUGACCUGGAAAAUGAUUUCGAUUUGGAUCAAGAGCCCAUGCUGUCCCUGUCAGGGUCCUUUCCACUACCAAUAUCAUGCCAUAUUCUAACCUUAAUCCUGGAUGCUGCUCUGCAAAGUUUCCAGGCAGUUUCAAGCACAAAAUCAAUGUUGGCAAAUGGGUUCUGUGAUGUCGAAAAGCUAUUUUCUAAUUUGCUUUGGGAUCUAUGUAACAUGAGUGAGCGAUUGCUUUCACAAAGUUUGGAACAUCGUUCUUGCACUAUUGGAUUUCUGCUUCCAAUCAUUUUCAAAGCAUUGGGUUCUCAGCGCUCUUUGGAAAUCACAGUCCAUGGGAAGAUGUUUAUACUGUCCAGAAACGUUUUCUUUAGGAAAAUUUGGAAGCUGUGCAGAUCAUUGUUUUCUCUUGGACAUUUAGAGAGAAGAGAUGCCUAUAAUGUACUCUCUUUAUACUUGUCCUUUUUCUCUUUGACAGAAGGAUUUGGAAAUGUUGAUGCAAGUGUAAAAGCAGAAGAAUUUGAUGUAAGAGCUGAGAGGGAGUUUUGGGAUGAAAUAAAAAGAGGCCUGGUUGAUGAAGAAGGCCUGGUAAGGAAGCAAUCAUUACACAUAUUGAAGACAGUACUACAGAUAAGUGGUGGAAGCCAGUGCCACUCUGGGGUUUCAGAGAAGAAAUCACAAGAGAAACACCCAGUUCCACAUGGUAUGACAAAGAGGGAAAUGUGGGCUGACAAGGAAGCUAAAUCCUUAGGUGUAUGGGAACCCUGCAAUUCAGCCGAUUCUCCUUUAAACAGUCAGCAGCAGUGGGAAGCGUUUAUACUCCUGUAUGAAAUGCUUCAAGAGUAUGGUACGCACUUGGUAGAAGCUGCUUGGCAUCACCAGCUAAACUUGUUGCUUCAGUUUUCUGUUUCAAACAAUAAUUUUACAAGCUAUAUCUUCAGAGGAUUUCAUCAAAAGCAGACUGAUAUUUUGAGAGAAGCAUUUAGUUGGGUAACAAUUUUAUGGCAACUGGGCUUUCAACAUGAUAAUCCUCAAGUUAGGUGCUUGAUCAUGGAGUCGUUUUUGGGCAUUGAGUGGAUGAAGUAUGGAAACACUGCCAAAUCAGUGUCUGAAAGUUUUGUUCUUGGACCAUUCAUUGAAGGGUUGAAUGACCCUGUGCACCACAAAGAUUUCGGUGUAAAAGGGUCUUACAAUUCAAAGACUAUUGAAGGUGCAGCCAGGUUCUUGCAUCAAUAUACAAGUCACCUAAAUACAAGGGAAGGGAUUGCUUUUUUGCAUAGUUUAGCAUCUGUUGCCAAACAUCACUCUUUUGGUCGAGCUGGAUUAAUGGGUCUUGCAGAAUGUAUUGCUUCAGCUGCAAAUGGAGUAGGAAGGCAUGAUAGUGGAGCAAAAUGGAGUGAAGAUGCUUUUCCUGAUGAGGUGCAAGUGGAAUCUUCUCCUGAAAAUUUUUCUGAUUGUAGAACAGCCUUUUUGGAUGUUCUGAGAUUUGUUAUUGAGAGCAGCAAGCAACAUUUCAACCCUUAUUAUCGUCUUCAAGUUUGUGAAAAAGUUCUGGAGGCUGCUACUUCGCUGGUCAGUACACUUGAUGUGCCUCUUGAGAUUCUCUUGCACUUCAUUGCUACACUACCACGGGCAUUUACUGAUUAUGGGGGUUCUUUAAGAUUAAAAACACAAGAGUGGCUCUUGGGGUCUGCUACGGAACAUUGUAAUGUAAAUUGCUGCGGUGCUGAGAUUCAACUUCUGAAAAAUCUUCAGGACUUCCCAGAAAGGUUUACAAGUUCUCAAUACUUGGUUGAUGGUUUUUUGAGUUUAGAUGAUGAAGACUUGGAUGCAUGGGAAUCUGAAUCAAAAAGAUGGGCAAGAGCCCUUUUUCUUAUAAUCAAGGGGGAGGAUCAACUAGCACCGAUAUUGAGAUUUAUUCAAAAUUGUGGCGUCAACAUCUGCAAACAACAGAGUCAUUUAGAAUGGCUACCUGUGAAGUUUCUUGUCCUUGCUAGGAGCUUGGUUGCAGAGAUUCAAAUAAUGCAGGAGAGAUCAGCCCAAUGUGGUAUCAAAAUUAAAUGCAGAUCAGAGAUUAGCUUGCUUGAUACGGUGGAUCAAUUGUGUUAUACAGAAGCUUCUAUGAUUAAUGGAAGAAUUCAUGGCCUUUUCCUGUUCAUAUUGGAGGAGCUGGUUUCUUUUGCCGACUUGUCUUCUUCCAUAUUUUGGUCUAGCAUUACUAAGGAGACAACUCUUCCUGGUUCUGUGAGAGGAAAACUUGGAGGCCGUAGUCAACGUCGGUUGUCAACUUCUACCACCACUGCUAUAUUGCAAGCUAUAACAUCAAUACAAGCGGUUGCAUCCAUUUCAUCAUGGUGUGCACAGUUUAAAAGUGAUGUUAAGCUCAGUUCUGUGUGGAACUUUUUGUGGAAAUUCUUCUGGAAGACGGUUUCCUCUCCAACUUGUGAUUCUGAGGCUGGAGCAGAAAUUUGUCUGGCAGCAUAUGAAGCAUUAGCUCCUGUUUUGAGAGCUCUAGUUUCAACAUCCUCUUCACUAUCUUUGGAUCUCAUUAGAGAAAAUGAUGAAUUUUCGGCACCUGUUGUAGAAGGCAAAUGCUGCUUAGAUUCUUUGGCUCUUUCUUUUCUUCAGAAUAUCAAUAAUCUCCUUGCAGUUGGAGUUCUGGCACGAACUCGACGGGCAGUUUUGCUAAACCAGAAGUGGAUUUGCUUGGAGUCUCUGCUGUCUAUUCCUUACUCUGCUCCUUGGAAUGUGCUAAAUUUAGAGGAUGGCAGCUUGUUCUUCUCGGAUUCAGCAAUCAGAUGUAUUUUCAGUGAUCUUGUUGAAAGUCUUGAUAAUGCUGGGGAAGGUUCUGUUUUACCCAUGCUGAGAUCUGUCAGAUUGGCUUUGGGCCUGAUUGCCUCAGGAAAGUUAGAUUCACAUGUUUCCUCAUGCAAUGGUGUGGAUGCUCAGAUGAUGUGGCGUUUGGUUAAUUCAUCUUGGAUAUUGCAUGUCAAUUGCAACAAGCGGAGAGUGGCAUCUAUUGCUGCACUUUUGUCUUCUGUCUUGCAUCGUUCCGUGUUUACAGAUGAGGGCAUGCAUUUAAUCAACAAUAGGCCCGGGCCUCUGAAGUGGUUUGUUGAAAAUGUUAUUGAGGAAGGUACAAAAAGUCCUCGUACAAUUCGCCUUGCAGCAUUACAUCUAACAGGACUGUGGCUCUCUCAUCCAAAGACUAUUAAGUAUUACAUGAAAGAACUGAAGUUGCUAUCACUUUAUGGUUCUGUUGCAUUUGAUGAGGAUUUUGAAGCUGAAUUAUGUGACAAUCAAGAUGCAAGCACUGAAGUGUCAUUAUUGGCUAAAAGCCCAGACCCUGAGCUGACUGAAGCAUUCAUCAACACAGAAUUGUAUGCACGUGUGUCUGUAGCUGUUCUUUUUUACAAGCUUGCUGACUUGGCCAAUUUGGUGGGAUCGGCAAAUGAGAAUGAAGAUUGUCACGCUGCUCUUGAAUCUGGAAAAUUGUUUCUGCAGGAGCUUCUUGAUUCUGCGGUGAAUGACAAAGAUCUUGCAAAGGAGUUGUAUAAAAAGUAUAGUGGGAUCCAUAGACGUAAAAUACGAGCUUGGCAAAUGAUAUGUGUUUUGUCACGAUUUGUUACUGAUGAUAUAGUUGCGCAAGUUACUCACAGCUUGCACAUAUCCCUCUAUAGAAAUAAUUUUCCCGCAGUUCGUCAAUACUUGGAAACUUUUGCAAUUAACAUCUACCUGAAAUUCCCAUUGUUGGUCAGGGAACAAUUAGUACCUAUAUUACGAGAUUAUAACAUGAAGCCUCAGGCACUCUCUUCCUAUGUGUUCAUAGCAGCCAAUGUCAUCCUCCAUGCUUCUAAUGCAAAUCAAUCCAGGCACUUCAAUGAAUUGCUUCCACCUAUAAUUCCAUUAUUAACCUCACACCACCACAGUUUACGUGGUUUUACGCAGUUGUUAGUCUACCAAGUUUUUUGUAAAUAUUUUCCUAUGUUGGACUAUGGUGCCUCUGAAAUGCCUUUAGAGAAAAUGUGCUUUGAAGAUUUGAAAUCAUACCUGGCAAAGAACCCUGAUUGUAGGCGCUUACGAGCAUCUUUGGAAGGAUAUCUUGAUGCCUAUAAUCCCAUAGCCUCUGGUACUCCAGCUGGAAUUUUCAUUGAUCGGGUUGAGGAACUUGGGUUUGAAUGUGUUCCAACAUCCCUCAUGGAGGAAGUGCUCAACUUUCUAAAUGAUGUCAGGGAAGACCUCAGAUGUUCAAUGGCAAAGGAUGUUGUGACUAUCAAGAAUGAGAGCUUAAAAACUGAUGAAGAUGGUAACUGCAGGCGAACAGUAAUUGAUUCCCAGCUGCCUAAAGAAACAUCAUUUGAUUUCCAGAAAAAGCUUACUCUCUCUAAACAUGAGAAACAAGACACUGAUUCCAGCUCUGUUUUGGGGAACAAUGAAGCAUGCAAACAACUUUUAGAGAUGGAAAAGGAAGAUGAGCUUCUUGAUCAGUCACUUCAAUCCAGAAGAUUGACCAUGGAAAAAAUAAGAGCAAGUCGACAACAAUUUAUCCUAGUUGCAUCAUUGCUUGAUCGGAUACCCAAUCUUGCUGGAUUGGCACGGACAUGUGAGGUAUUUAAGGUGUCAGGACUAGCCAUUGCAGAUGCAAGCAUAUUACGUGAUAAACAAUUCCAGCUCAUCAGCGUGACAGCAGAGAAGUGGGUUCCUAUAAUAGAAGUCCCAGUAAACAGCGUGAAGCAUUUCUUAGAAAAAAAGAAACGAGAUGGCUUCUCAAUAUUGGGACUAGAACAGACAGCAAAUAGUGUACCGCUCGAUCACCAUGCCUUUCCCAAAAAGACAGUACUGGUCCUUGGACGUGAAAAGGAGGGCAUACCGGUGGACAUUAUCCAUAUGCUCGAUGCUUGCAUUGAGAUUCCGCAAUUGGGAGUAGUUAGGUCGCUUAAUGUUCAUGUUAGUGGGGCAAUUGCCCUCUGGGAGUAUACUCGACAGCAAAGAUCUCAAUAAUUAUUCGCCCUCAAAGGAUAUCUAAAAGGAAACAUACACCAAUCAGCAUACUCUAAAUGAUGCCUUCAGUGCUUAUGAACUAUCAGGCUGACUUUGUUCCUUGUAGUCGAUUCUUUUCUGUAGUAUUGUUUAGGUACAAUUUUGUGAUUUCUGGUCAGGUUGUCCUGUUGCUAUCCCUGUUUAAAUGAAAGGAAUGUAGCCCGAAGAAAAAUAAGAUACCCAAUAUUCGUUA